AUGAGUAUUGAACUAGGAUUAUCUAGAAUCACGAAGCUGUUAUCGCAUCUUGGAAACCCACAUGAAAGUUUAAAAGUUCUCCAUGUAGCUGGUACAAAUGGUAAGGGAUCUGUAUGUAGUUAUAUCUCCACGAUAUUACAAAACCAAAACCAAAACCAAAAUCUUCAUAUUUCUCAGAAUGGUCAAUUUAUUAAAGUGGGUAAGUUCACUACACCACACUUGAUUCAUCUUACAGAUUCAAUUACCAUUAAUAACAAUCCAAUCCCACAGUAUAAAUUCGAUUCAAUCAAAAAAUCAUUAAUUGAAAUCAAUAAUAAAUAUUCUAUCAAAUGUUCAGAAUUUGAAUUAUUAACGUGUCUUGCAUUUUUAUAUUUUAAAGAAGCACACUGUAAUUGGUGUGUAUUAGAAGUUGGUUUAGGUGGUAGAUUAGAUGCAACAAAUGUGAUACCUGGAAAAAAUAAAUUAGCAUGUGGAAUAACUAAGAUAAGUUUAGACCAUGAAAGUUUCCUAGGCGAUACAUUGACUAAGAUUGCAUAUGAAAAGGCAGGAAUAAUUACUCCUGGUGUAAAAUUUGUUUCUGUUGAUGGCACAAAUGAUAUCAAUGUUUUAAAGACAAUUGAGGAACAAUGCAAUCUGAUGGGGUGUGAAAUGAAAAUUACCGAUCCUUACAAAGACAGUAAUAUAAUAGAAACAGAUUCUUGGGGGAAGAUUCAAAUAGAAAAAUUACCAUUAAAUGGUGAAUAUCAAAUAUUUAAUUUAAAAGUUGCCAUAUCCAUAAUAGAUCAUCUUCAAAAGAUAAACGAAAUAAAGCUUUCAAAAGAGGAUUUAUUGAAGGGAUUGUAUAAUACUGUAUGGCCAGGCAGAUUGCAAAAUUUAGAUUUUACUUAUGAAAAGGGAAGAUCAAUUCAUGUGCUGAUAGACGGUGCACAUAAUGAUAGUGCUGCCAUAGAAUUGUCUAAAUAUAUCAGGAAUACAUACGGCGAUAAUCCAAUAACAUAUAUCAUUGCAGUUACAGAAGGUAAAAAUAUAAUUCAUUUAUUUGAUCCACUUUUAAGUGUAAAAGAUUUAGUUUAUGUUACAAAGUUUGGAAAUGUGGAAGGUAUGCCUUGGAUCCAUGCUACAGAUCCGGAAAUAUUAAAACAACAUAUUCAAAGUAGGUACACAUCAAAUGUAAUUGCAGAACCCAAUAUCCAUUCAAUUUUUGUCAAACUGGCUGGUAUCCCAGAAAAGGAUAGACAACCCAUAGUAAUAUGUGGUUCAUUGUAUCUAUGCGGUGAAUUAUUGAGAUUACAUAAUAAUAAUAAUAAUAAUAAUAAUAAUAAUAAUAAUAAUAAUAAUAAUAAUAAUAAUAAUAAUAAUAAUAAUAAUAAUAAUAAUAAUAACCAGUAA